GAAACGCACAAUUCAUAAACAUAUUUCCAGUAGUAAACAACACAAUUUUGAGCAUGUCUCGUCAAUUAAGCUUUUGUCCACAAAAAGAAUAUGAACUCAUUGAAUACCCUGGCCGCGUGGUCAACACAGACCGCAUGCUGGCCACCUUAGGUGGCAUUCUCAACAUAUCCAAGGUUCUGGGAGAUGAGAAGAAGCGCUUGGAGUUGCGUUUUCAUCCGGAUAAUCCAUAUAACAAGCCCGCCUUCGGUGACUGUACAGACAAAUCGGGUGUUUUAUUAUCAGUAACUGUGCGACGCCAUAAACGCGACAAAUCGCGCCCACCUCAACAUUUUGUUCGUGUCCUGGGCCAUUGCAGUCGAAGCUUCUCAUUUGAAUCUCUUUGUGACUUCCAGUACCUGCCGCUGUGGCGCACACCCAAAAGUGAGAGCGCCACUGCCGCAACGGAGCUGAAAUAUGCACUGGAUCAGUUGCAGCCGCGCGAUGUUUCGGACGUGGAAUAUUUCAGCCGGCCGCAUCCGCAGCUGUUUUGCCUGCCAGAACUGUUUGCACGUGUUGACGUCGCGCACAGUGGACACUAUCGCAUGGAUAGCACUGAUGAUGGAAGUCAAGAAGUGCUGGGUGUAGCGGCCAAGUCUACAUAUGACAAUCACGAUGUCGUCUCUUUCAAUAUGCAGGAUACGUUUCCCACUCAGCCAGAUGGGCAGAUACAUAAGCGUCUUAAGGUCAAAUAUGUGUCGGACGAGCAAUUCGCACGCGUUAAAAAACUCUUCGAUGAAAUUCCGAUCUGGACGCGGGUAGCACUGCUCUACGAGUCGGGUGUCACCAAUGAAAAACUGAAGUGCAUAAUACCCUCGCUGGCAUUUUACUUCAGCAAUGGCCCUUGGCGGACCAUGUAUGUGCGCUACGGCUAUGACCCACGCAAAGACUUUAAAAGUCGAUAUUACCAGACAUUUGAUUUUCGCUUACGCUUCGGCUCGGGCGUCUCGGAAUUCGUUUACUCCCGCAAGUCGGCAAAACAGAAGAGAUCAUUAACGACCGCCAACGACGAUGUGAAAAGUGAACUGGUCCAAAGCAUUGACUAUCCAUAUUUCGAUGGUCAAAAGUUGCCGCGGUCUAGGCAAUGCAUGCUACGAUAUUGCGAUGUGCGAUUGCCCAAAAUACAGGAAAUGCUGGAAAAGAUACCCACACCGUUAACCGGUGCUGUUUGCAAUGAGCGAACCGGCUGGCUGCCACCUAGUUUUGAUUCACAGCUGCGACAGAUUGUGUGCGCGAUGAUCAGUGAGUUGUUGCGUAAUCAUUAUCGAAAAGAGCAUCUGACUGCCGAGGUGGAGGCCGUCCCCCAGGCCGAUGGCGAAGCCGAAGCCGAGGCUGAUGCUGAUGCUGAUGCUGAUGCUGAGGCUGAGGACGAGGAGUAUUGCAUAGAAGACGAGGAAACUCAAGAAGAGGACAUGGAUGUGGAUGAAACACCCAUUGCCGAAAAUAUCGUCGACAAGAAUAUUGAACAGUUGCUUAACAAUAUUACAAACUAAUCUUACAAAAUUCACAACGAUUUAAUCUGUGAUCUAUUAUAGUUUAGCAAUAUACUUAAUAAAAGCCUUACG